CACAAAUGGACCGCCAUACGAUAGGCAUGUUCCAAGUGCCAUCCCUAGGUCUUCAGCGAGCAUAUUUUUUGCCAAAUUACUGCACAGCUGCACUGCCAAAGACCAAAGAGCAUGACUGAUCCUAGCAAACUGUCCGUGGCCGUGGUUUGUUCCUCGAACAUGAACCGUUCCAUGGAGGCGCACAAUUUCCUGGCCAAGAAGGGCUUCAACGUGCGCUCCUAUGGCACUGGAGAACGCGUCAAACUGCCCGGCAUUGCAUUUGACAAACCAAAUGUUUACGAAUUUGGCACGAGCUACGAGGAUAUCUACCGCGACCUGGAGACCAAGGACAAGGAGUUCUAUACACAGAACGGCCUGCUGCACAUGCUGGACCGCAACCGGCGGAUAAAAAAGUGCCCAGAACGCUUCCAGGAAACCAAGGAACAGUUCGAUAUAAUUGUUACUGUUGAGGAGCGUGUCUACGACUUGGUGGUGCUGCACAUGGAGUCGAUGGACUCUGUCGACAACCGGCCCGUACACGUCCUCAACGUUGAUGUGGUAGACAACGCAGAAGAUGCGCUAAUGGGUGCCUUCCUCAUUACAGACAUGAUAAAUUUGAUGGCCAAGUCUACGGACCUCGACAAUGACAUUGACGAAAUGAUACAGGAAUUCGAAGAGCGGCGAAAUCGGGUGAUCCUGCACUCCGUUCUCUUUUACUGACGACCGUCGCGUGGCAUCGGAACGUGUCCAGCUCCUGUUUUUUCCCGACUGCAGUCCCUUCUCGGUGGUCGUAGACCCAGGGGGCAUGGGAAUGUCCGAAAACGGGAUCGGGAUCGUGAUUGGGGGGGUUUGUGGCGUCACUCAAGUGGUAGCCAUAUAAAAUGUAAAUAGGGAGGCCAUACCACACACUGACAAGAUCUACACCAGCGAGCACUGGCCCUUGAAUAUGCAGCGGCAAUUGGCGUUCGUUACAGCUGUGCGAUGGGGUUAUCGGCUCAAAUACUCGUCAAACAGUAGUAUAUGUACGUGUGUGCGUUCGUUUUCCUUGUUAGUACAAGAAAUCUGUUUUGUUUUUCGUCCCAGGUUGAUUUUUAGUUUUUUUUUUUUUUUAACAUUAAUUCCGAUACCCAUUUUCAAUUUCAUUCGACUGGCAACACUGGCCGGCUACCCUUUCUCGUCUCUCCAAGCCCCGAGCCCCCACCCCCCAGUCCCAAGCCCCACCAUCCACCUACAUACUCCACCUUUAACCGUUUCGCGUAAACAGAGAACCAGCCAGCAAAGCAAUCGCAUGCGGUGCUCCACACUUGCCAGUGUGUGUGUGUGUGUGUGUGUGUGUGUGAGUGUGUGCUUGCGUGUGAGUGUAUGUGCGUAUGCGGAUGAGUGCAUGACAGAGAACCGGCUAAGUCAGGGACGGAGUGGGCGGAUCAGCGGGGAAGGAGUGUACCUUUCUUUUUAAUUCUUUUAAUUUUUUUUUUUAUGAAACUAAACGACUUGUUGGGACGGAGGAUACCGUCUGCAGCCACAAUAAAAUAAUUAGGAUAACCCAAUGCCACUGCGGCCUGUGCGCCGCAAAGUUACAAACCAUAGCCGGGGGCCGCAGUGGGUGCUACCAGGCGAAAACAAUACUAAAUAAUUCAAUUAUUAAGAAUACUAUAUGUGUAAUAAAUGAAACUAAUUUA